AUUAAAUAUGAACAACAAAGCAGGUAAGAGGUUGUCAUGAAUAAUAUAGAAUUUGAAGAAUUUAUGAAGGAUAGGAUAUCACUUCAACAAACUGAAAGUCCCCCAAGAUUAGCUCCAAGAAAAAUAAUAAAGAAGUCUCUUAAAAAAUAUACCCGAGCGAGUAAAGGCAACAAAAAAAAUAGCAAACUAAAAUUCAAGCUAGUAAAAGAAAAUGCUAAGCUCUUGAAAAGACUUCAAAAUCAGAAAUCUCAUUAUGAAGAUACCACAUUGCCUAAUGUCAAGCACAAAUAAGAUUCUUAAAAACAUAUCCAAAUUCCCAACUCCUCAAAAAUCUACUCAAAAACUAACAAGUGAUUAUAACGACAACACCAAACUCUCUGAGCUGGAUUCUCGAGACAAUAGCGUGAACAAUUUUUAUAAUAAAAGCUUUAAUAAGUUUAACAGCUACAAGUUGCUUGAAAGUGAUGCUUAUAAGCGCCAGAGAUUCCACUUUAUGGAUGAUGAAGACAAAAAGCAAGAAAAACAGUUAAAAUUAAACCAGUGAAUCCACGAAUAUUUUUUGAACAAUACUUUUAGAAGCAGAAAGUCAAGUAGGAAGUAUCAGACUACUCUGAGUAAAGGAAUGUAUGAACUCAAACCUGAGAGAAUUGUUGUUUAUAAGAAAGGCAAGGUUCUUGGAGUUGGCAAGAAUACAGGAUAUUAUCUAGUAGAGUUCUCAUAUGACCAAAACAAAUUCAUAAUUCAUCUCAGUGAUAUUGAAACUAGUGAUGAAUACGUAAAAGAACUUACUCUUCAGAGAGCAGAGGAUUUACUUAAGGUCUAUGAAAAUGAUUAUGAUACCUUUGCAGAGACUUUAUUGAUCAGAGGAAACCAGGUUGUUCUUGGAAACAAGCUAAUUAAGAAAAUUGAAAGUAAUGAUAAAAUGUUUGCAAGGAAUAUACAUGAUUGGAAAAAGAAUUCUUUCCAGAUUGAUUCCCAGAAAAAUCGCACUAAAAGCAUCUUAAACAACACUUUUAGAAAAAGAAUUAAAUCGAAAGCUUAUAACACUAUUCAUAAAGUUAUUUUAGCUCAAAGUCAGAUCAGUGCGAUUCAUCAGAGAUCAAAGAGUGUUAAUAAAGCAAUAAAAUGGUUUAAAGAAAGCAAAAAAUUCCAACAAGUUCCUAUAAAGCAAGAAAAUACUCCAUUUACUCGUUCAACGGUCAACCUUGAAAAAUUAGUUCAGAAAAACAUGAUUUUUAGCGAUAUAAUGCAACAUGCAUAAAGGCUGGUUUGGUUCCUAAAAAGUUUCAAUA